AUCAUCCCUGUUUUGCACAAAAUUCCCCACCCGUACCUUAUUACUACUAUCUCAAGUGAGGUGCUAUUUCUUGGGCCAUUCAAUCAAAAGUGAAUUCGUUUUUGACACACAAAACCAACCGAUACACCAAUUUAUUUUUAUAGACCGCAAGAGUGAACUAAUAUAGCAAAAGAGCAUAUUCCAACUAAACAGAAUCAUAAUGGCCAGUUCAAACCCACUUUUGGAGGAUCCUUCGAUCAUCCAGGUUUCAUCCGGCGGGACUUCGACUGUCACCACCACUGCCCCCACCCCAUUAAACUCCUCGUUGGAACCCAGUAGUGUUCUUUCGAAGCUUCUUGAUUCCGCCAUUGCCAAGGCAGCCACUGAAUCAACCCCUGAGUUUGAGCCUAGAUCAAGCACAAAUACACCUCUGCAAUUGUCCUCGGUGUCCCCUAUAUCGAGCCACGCAAGCAAUGGUUCCCGUACCACCUAUUCCAUCGAUUUCUUGAUGUCUUUGAGAGAUCUGCCAUUAAUCGAAAACUUCAAAGUUGGAGGUAAACUCCCUGAUCGGUCUUUUUGGCGGGCUGGUCCGAAGAAGGCCGCUCCAAAGGAACAACAAGCUUCCAAAAGACGUGGGGGCAAAAAGGAAAAAUCCCUCGCACAGCAACAACAACUGCAACAACUGCAACAAGCUCCACCUUUCCAUAGAAGGGGACCUUCUGUAGACUUGGACUCUCUUCCUGAGGACAAAAUUUCGCAUCUCCUUGGGGAAACCCCUGACGAAUUAGAACCUGAAUGGGAUUCUGUAGAAGUUGGGGGCGAUCUCAACAUGAAUAUGGGACAAACAGUUCAAGACUUUGAGAAUUGGAAACAACAAAUGAGAAUGGAAGAACGUAGACUCAAGGGAGAAGAUCUCGUUGAGGAAUCUCCAAGAGAAGAAGUGGAGGACGGUGAGUAUGAGCAAGAGAAAAAGGGCAAUGAAGUCGAGAACUUUUUCUCGUUUGUCAAGCCAAAAGAAAUCACAAGAAAGUCAUCGACCACCAGUAACAGUAGUUCUGGAGUGGAGGCGAAAAGUUCGAGGUUUAGCAGUUUCUUUGGUGGCCCUGGACCAGCCAAUGUUAAAUCAUCUCCAAAGGCUGCCAGCAGUACUACCAGUAGAACCUCUUCUGCAGUUGGUACACCUGAUGAAGAUGGUCAAUCCAAGUUUUUUGGAUUAAGAGGUCUGGGACAAUCUUCCCAACCCCAACAAAAUAUGGCGAAGACUGGCGGACCUUCUGGCCCCCCAGGUCUUCCACCUUCCAGAAUGAACGGUCCACCGGGUAUCCCACCUGGUUACUCGCCCAAUCAAGGUCCUGGAGUUCCAGUGGCCUCUCGAUUCAUGCCGGGAACUGGCCCUGGUGGUCCUGGUACCCCUGGUACUCCUGGUACUCCUGGUAGCUCUGUUAUUCCGCCAUACAUGCAAAAUGGAAGACCAGAUCCACAAUUUACUGGACCACCAGCUCCUGGUGCAAUCCCUAUGGGUGGCAUUCCUUUAUCAAUGGGCGGUGCAGGUGGCGGUCCACUUAAUAACGAUUCUUUCUUCCAUUCCCUUAUGUCUAAAAAGGGACCUGAAGUGAAGGGAGAUGAAUCUCAAUCUCAAUCAUCGCCACAACAACCUAGAAACCCACAGCCACUUCAACAGGUUUAUGGACAGAGAUCCCAACCUCCUAGAGCUCAGGAACAUGCACAAUCUCCCCAAACUCAACGUGGCUCAUCGUUACAACAAAAUACCCUGCAAGCUCAGAAACAGCAACCAGCUCAACCACAACAACCACAACAACUUCAAAACCCAAGUCAACAUCAACAACAUCAGCAAUAUCAACAACAACCCCAACAGCAGCAACUUCCACCAUGGAUGAAGCAAUUUCAAAAUUUACCUCCAGGUGUAGGUCCAAAUGGUCCACAGGGUCCACAAGUUCCUUCUGGGCCUCCUGGGCAACAAGGUGCAAAUGGGCAACAAGUCCCCAAUGGUCAACGUGGACCUAAUAACUUCUCAAGACCACCUCAAGGGUUCCCAGGAAACAUGAACGGACCACACCCUGGUAUGUAUCCACCCGGGUUCAUGCCUCCAGGAAUGGGAAUGCCGCCACAAUUCAAUGGUCAAAUGCCACCUGGGAUGGCACAUGGUCCAUUCAUUGGUCAACCAGGUCCUCAGGGACAAGAUGGUAAGGGACCAGGUCCAAAUGGCCCAAAUGGUCCAAAUGGUAUCCCACCUCAGCACUUUAUGAAUUACCCUCAAGGAAUGCAACCACAGGGUAAUUUCCAAGGUCAGAUGCACCCCAAACAAUACUAAAGGGUUAUAUAUCUCUCUUUUUUCCCCUUAAUGUAUGUGAUGAUUAAUUUUUGUAGAAGGGAAGCAGGGGUAUGUUCUUUGAAGAGAUGCAUAUAUAUUUGCUUGGAUACUUAGUGAGGCUGGACCUGUAGAGUUUUACUAUGUUAUAAAACUAUUUAACUGGUAAUACAUUUUUUAUUCUUGGAAUACCUA